UUUGAAAAUAGGAAACCAUGUAGAGACGUUAUGAUUAAAUAUAUAAGGAGGGUAGAAUUUUUAAAAGGUAUCUUAAAUACUAAAAAAUUAGAAGAUCCUGUUGAAAGAGCAGCUGCUGUUCAAAUGCUACCUGUUAAUAUUUUUACUCCAAAUGAAUUUACAAAUGGUCCUAGUAUAACAACUCAAAUUCAUCAGAAAGCAACAGCGAAAUAUGAAAAAGAAAUACGUCAAGAAUUAUUUGAAACAAAUUUAGCUAAUACCAAUGAUGAACUCAGACAAAGACAUAUUAAUUCAAAUAAUCAAGAUGAAGAUAUAAAUGCUGUACUAAAUUAUCAUCACAAAAUGCAAGAAAAAAUAGCUGAAAAUAUGAUUCUUAUGACAAAUAACAUGAAAGAACAUGCUUUGACAGCCAGUACAAUAAUAAAGAAAGAUCUAUCUAUUUUAGAAAAGUCUGAUAAAUUGGCAGAUAAUAAUACAACUAAAUUAAAAGAUGAAGCUUUUAAAUUAGGAGAACAUACAAAAUCUACUUGGAGAUGUUGGUUAUGGGUAAUGAUUGCAUUUGUACUAGUUGUAUUUUUUAAUAUGAUACUUUUCAUAAAAAUUGUAAAAAAGAAGAUUUGA